AUGACUGUACAACUGUGCCUGGUCACAGAUCUCACCAUGUUGGCUCGGACUAUAGACGUGUGGACCUUGUUCAUGUCGGGCAUAUUCAAAUGGGUUUUUAUGAUGGUUUUCAAUGAGGAAUUCGCGAAACUCAAUUCGACGUUGACUCAAAUACACGCUCAAGGGCGGGUGGCGUACGGUGAAUACGCGGCCGAUGAAUUUGAAGUGGAAUUUAUGAAGCCAACGAGAAAAAUCACCUGGUGGUACAUGUUUACUGGUUUAAUCGUGACGACAAUUAUAUGCUUAUCUCCGAUACUGAGUUAUCCAAAGGGGUAGAAUGAAUACCAUUACUUUUUAGUUUCGUAAUUAUAAUAUUUAUGAAAUAUAAUUUUUUUUUUUUUUCCCCCCGUUAGCGAUCGAUCGGAUUUUGAAUAUUAUAAUGAUCCAAAGAGUUACCCUUUAUGUUGUUGGAUACCGUUCAUGUUACACGAGAAAUGGAUGUUCUCGGUAAUUUUCUUCAGCCAUGCCCUCGCGUUUGCAUUUGUUGUAUUCAUGUACUUGAACAUCGAUUCGUUUUUUUUUGGUGCUAUUUACGCUGUUGGCGGUCAAAUCGAAUUAUUAAAAUUGUCUUUAGACAGUAUUGAAAACUUUCUGACAAAAAGUGAGUGCGAACAGUAG